CCUACCUUUACGAAACAAACUACAGUAGCACUACCACAACCACACAACUACACACCAUGGCAUCACGCAACGCCGACUCGAUGACCAACGCCCAGGGCGAAUUCCAUCCCUCGAAGCCACGCUCCGAACCCAUCCACACUGGCGGACACCAAAUGGGCGUCAAAGCCAGUCCGGCCGACUACGCGCCCGAAUUUUCAGCACAGACGCUUCCACCGGGUUCAGCACCCAAAGAGUCAACCUUCCAACCGAACCCAGUAGGCGAGGUUCCAGGCCAAGCCAACAACCCAGACGUGCUACGCAGCCACGGCAAGGAAGGCGUGCAGACAGACGCACUGAGCACGCUUCCGGGCGCCACUUCUGCAGACGUACACAAGGGCCUAGGUCACCCAGGCCAAGGGCAGACGUCGACCGAACUACGCCAUGAGGGCCACCACACCAGCAAGAAACACACCUCGGGCCCCGAGGGCGCGGGCGCCACGGGCGGUAGUGGUUUGAGCGACCCCAACGACGUCAACGUUGAGUUCCGCCGUCUGCAGCAGGAAGGUGAUCACCCACGCGGUCCGCUGGCCGGUCACAACGCCACCCUUGCCGGCGCAGAGUCCAAGGAACCCGUCAAGGAUGUCAAUCUUGCCGCGGAGGGCAACAGUGCCCGCCAGCGUGACUAUGACCAUUCUAAGAACACCACGGGAUUACAAGACAGGGGCGCCGGGUCCGAUCAUAAGGCAUAA